AUGCCUGGUUCAAUGCCAUCACCUUACAAUAUUCCUCUUGAAAUGCAUCCAAUGGUGGAGGUAGGUGUUGAAAUGCCUUUUGAUGCAACUUGUAACACCUAUAGAGGCAGUUGUACACCAGUUGCAUCUAUUGAGAUUCCAGAGGUUUCAAUUGAGGUAGUGCAACGACAUGAGAAAAAGACUGCACUCUUCGUCCUAAAUGAACAAGCCAACCUCAUUUACUUGAGAGAUGCAAUUGGUACUUAUGUUGCUUGGCCAUUGUCCCUAAUCACUUUACGACCCAAAGUUGCCCCAUCAUCAAGUAAAGGGUUAAGGAAAGAGACAGGCUUCACUAAGGAAUCCAUUGUUGGUCCAUAUAAUAAAGGUGUUGUUUGUAAUUCAUCAGAGGUUUAUGAGUUAGACAAGUCCAAUGGAAAGGAAUUUUAUGACAUAGUGGGGAAGGAAAACAUAUGGGAGGUCAUACAACAACAUUGGUUGAGUGCCUCCAGCAUCAACCUUUACAUUAGAUAUUUGUGUGAGGCUUACUUGCAUGAGACAAAUAAGGCAAGUAAAUUUUCAUUUAUAUCUCUGUAUGAAAUGGAUGAAAAGCUCAAUCCGAACCCAUAUCAACAUAUAGCUGAAACAUGGAAGCGUCAUAUGGAUGAAGAUCACUUGGUUUUUGCACCUUACAGUGUUGGGUAA